GGCAGGUGCGGCGGCGCGCAGGCUCGCGGGGCGCGGGGACCGGCUGGGGCGGGGCGGCGCGCGCGAUCCCCGCGGGCCACACUGGCCGCCCUGCGCCCAGCAAGGGGCUUGUGCUCCGGCCCGCGGGCCCCAUGUUCACGGAGCUGCGGACCAAACUGAGCCCCCCGGGAGGCCGCGCUGGGGCAGUGCGCUCGGCCUUCGGGGAGCGCCAGGAUGUGGAAGCCACAGCCCACUUCAGCUUCUGCCGAACCCUGCUGGAGCACACAGUGUCUGCAGAAAGUAUUCCCCACCACGUGCCUCAGACACCGGGCACCAGCCUCACGUGGCAUGACUCCCGCAGCCAGAGGGCAGCUGGUGGCCGGCCAGUCAAGCUCCUGAAGCAGCCGGGCACUGAGGGCUCCCAGGCUCGGCUGUACUCGGACCACUGUGGCCUGUACCAUACCAGCCCCUCUCUGGGUGGUCUGACUAGGCCUGUGGUAUUGUGGAGUCAGCAGGACGUCUGCAAGUGGCUCAAGAAACACUGUCCCCACAACUACCUCGUCUACGUGGAGGCCUUCUCCCAGCAUGCCAUCACGGGUGUCAAGGGCAGGGCACUGCUGCGGCUGAACUCUGAGAAGCUGCAGAGGAUGGGGCUGGCGCAGGAGGCCCAGCGGCAGGAGGUCCUGCAGCAGGUGCUGCGUCUGCAGGUGCGCGAGGAGGGUCGGAGCCUGCAGCUGCUCAGCCAAGCUUCUUUCGGAAGCAUGUCCUAGCUGCUGCCUGAGGCUUGAAGCCCAGACCCCAGCACUGUGACCGGAGCCCAAGGCCAGGACGAGGCGGGACUGACUGCGCCCCGCCCAGAGCUUCAGGGGCCCCUCCCCGCCUGCCCCGCCCCGCCAGGGAGUCUGGUGGGACUCAGAUUGCCAACUGCAAGCCGCCCUGGGACGCACCCUGGGGGUGUGGGCAGGAGCUACUCCCAGGACUUGAGCUCAAUCCCACCGGCUGGUGUUGCUGGCAGCAUGUGUGGCAGCCACCUGGGCAGAGAGGGGUUUGGACAGCCCUUCCCGACUCCCCACACUAUUUAUACUCCAGUCACCCAAGGUAGUGCUCUCCCACCCAGUCUACAGUGCAAUCCUGUGCCCUCCCCAGCACUCGGCAGUUGUAGUGGGAUAGUGUGUCUAGGGUCCCCUUGGAGUGCCCCCGCUCCACCCAGGCCCAGCCCACCUUCCAGAUAGUCACUAUCAGCAUCCACUCUGCCAGGCGCUGUGCCAAGUGAAGUCCUCACCACAAUCCAUCAGUCAGGGGAGUCUAGGGACAGAGGCUAGGCAGGGCCCUAGUGUCCAAGACCUCAGGUGGCCCGGUGUGAACCUGAACCUGGUGCCUGGCACUGGGCUCAGCUGUGUCCUGGUCUCCCAGACUCAUGGAGGCUGCCUUCUGGGGGUAGUGCUGGGUAGGUGUGCCUGUUGUCCCUUUCUUGGGGAACCUGGCAUGACACAGAGAAUGUCUUUAAGGGCAUGCAUCCACCCACCCUGUGCCCACCAGUUCCUGAGCACCUGCUCCCUGAUCCAGAGGUCCUACGUUUGGGGGCCGGAGCUGCCUGACAGAGGGACAGCAAGGGAAGUCCUAGCAGCCCCCACCCUCUACCCCCCCCAACUCUGGGACUCUGGAAACCUCAGGAACAGAUGAGGCUGAGCACUCGGUCUCCUCUCUGUGCCCUGAGCAGAUCUCUGGAUGGGAGGCUGGUUGUGGCAGGUCCCCAGUGGGACUAAGACAACUGGCCUGGUGCCCCCCAUCCUGUUGCCCUCAAAGCAAGCCCUUGUGUCCUGUCUGACUGUCCUGAGUGUCCCUGGCCACUUCAUGUCAUCACCAUGAUGUCCUUCCCAGAAGGCCCUUCUUGUCUUUACCCCCUCCUCUGUCUUGCCCCCAGCCCCACCCCCCUGCUCCUGUGUUACCUUCCCCGUUUUGGCGUUCACUUUUUUAUACUCUGACAAAAAGACCAGAAAAUAAACCUGGUUCUUAAGUGC